AUGGUGUCCACCCUGUACUCGCUGCUGCAGGCUGCUCUGCUCUGCGACAACGCCAUGGCCGUGCUGCAUGAGGAGCGGUUCCUCAACAAGGUCGGCUGGGGAUCAAACCAGAGCAUUGGUGGUUUUGGAGAAGAGCCGGGGAUUAAAUCGCAGCUUGUAAAUCUAAUCUGAUCUGUAUGAAUGGUGAUGGGAUUGCCAUUGAUAGUACUGAACUCCAUAACAAUUGUACUCAUUACUUUUUGGAUGAAGAAUUGGAAGAGAGCAUCAACACUCUCUAUGGUGAUGAGAGAAUGCAGGAUUUUCUACAUAAGUGGAGAUUUGCAACAUAUUUUGUUGUUUAGAGGAGAUUUGCAACAUAUUUUGCUGUUUAACUCCACAAUCUCCCUCAAAGUUCCUCUGAACUGUAAUAAAAGCAAACCUAUGGCAUUACAUAUUUCAGUGUUUUGUAGACAUAAAAAUUAA